AUGGCCGCUGAGAAGGUUAGCCCAUCGGAGUCCUUUGCAAAAAUCGUUAAAAUUUUUCGCCUAAUUUGUAGCUUGGUCGGUGCUGAUGUUUGUGAUGUGAAUUACCGCAUAAAUAUUGUAACCGCGAUAGUGAUAUUCUGUAUUAUCAUCUAUUUUAUAUUCACCGCCACGACUGUGGCUUCGGUUUUCGCCGAGAAUUGGGAAUACAUGCUCGAGGCAUCCUGUAUGGUGGGCAGCGUGCUGCAAGGCAUCACCAAGCUUACUUCGGGUAUUGCUUUUGCUAAAGAAAUUUGUGCAAUGCGUUUUGAGUUGGAAGAUCUCUAUCGGUUGUAUGAGACAAGGGGUGAGGAGUACACAGCGGUGCUACAUUUAUCCUGUAAACGUGUAUGGCAAGUCAUCAAAAUGGUUGGACAAAUUUAUUUAGCUGCUGGCGUUGGUAUACUAUUUAUGACAGCCAUUUUCAUUGUUGCCACCGAUGAGAAGGUGUACAUUAUGCAUUUCUUUAUACCCGGUCUUGAUGUGCACACCCAAAUGGGCUACCUGCUUACAAUGGCAGUGCACACGGUGGUUUUUCUGGCUGGCGCUUUUGGUCUCUUCGCUGGUGAUCUCUUUUUUCUGCUCUUUUUGGGUCAACCAAUGUUGUUUUUGGACUUGCUGACGCUGAAGGUGCAGGCGUUAAAUGUCGCUGCUGACCGCUGCUCAAACGAGGCUGAGCGUUUAUUAAUCGAUAUUAUCGAAUGGCAUCAAUACUAUACGGAUUACAAUCGACGCUGCAAUCAUUUGUUUUAUUACAUAAUCACUAUGCAAAUUGUCACUUCGGGCAUCUCGAUCAUUUGUACUCUGUAUAUUUUGCUCUUGGGCGAUUGGCCGGGCGCGUAUUUAUAUAUAUUUGUGGCCUUUAGUGGUCUCUACCUCUACUGUAUUAUGGGCACGAAAAUUCAAAUAUGUAAUGAUGCAUUUUGUGAAGAACUUUACAAUAUUGAUUGGUAUAAAUUGAAUGUUAAAAGCCAGAAAAUGUUGGUUUUCAUUUUAAAGAAGUCCCAAAAACCUGCUGAAAUCAAAGUUGGCGGUUUUCUACCACUGUCUGUGCAAACAGCACUUUCGAUUACAAAAACAAUUUACGGCAUAUUUACCAUGAUGUUACGCUUUUUGGACGAGGAGAAUUAA